AGAAUCCUUGCACCAUGGCGAGCAUAGACAAUGUUGUGCCCCUCAACAUCCCCCGCGCUGUCACCACGCUAACGGCAUCUGGCCAACCUCGGCUCCACGUUUACCCCAACCUUCAUCUACGGGAUCAGUCCAACUUCCACCUUCUCCCAGUCUAUCUUCUUCUUCUGAUCCUACUCAUAUCUUAUCGUGAUGGCCGCUCAACCACAACUGCCGGCUCGAUGGCAGUUCGUUGCCUGGCAGAAGAAAGACGAGCAAUUCGCACGCAUACCUCCCGAUUGGCGUAUAUCUCAUGAUCGGCAUCCCGCACCCAAUGCGACUAAUUUCUUGGACAUACCAAGAAAAUGUGGCAUAUUGAGCGACGAAGAGUUGAAAAUAACAGAGGAGUACGAUGCGACUGCAUUGGCAGAGGCAAUCAGAGCAAGGAAACUCAAGAGCGUGGAUGUUGCGCGAGCUUUUUGUAAGAGAGCUGCUGUAGCACACCAACUGACCAAUUGCUUGACGGAGAUAUUCUUUGAAGAUGCUUUGAAGAGGGCGAAAGAGCUAGACGAUCAUCUGGAGUCAGGAAAGCCUCCGUUAGGACCGCUGCACGGCGUACCUGUGUCUUUGAAAGACACUUUCAAGGUCAAAGGGUACGAUGCGUCCAUAGGCAUCGCUGCGUUAUGUUUCAAGCCUUCCCAGGACAACUCCGUACUGGUCGACAUCUUGCUGAGCGGUGGCGCUGUGCUGUACUGCAAGACCAAUGUGCCGCAAACGCUUGCAGCGCUAGACUCACACAACAAUAUCUUCGGACGCACACUCAACCCACUGAACACAGCCGUGACGGCUGGUGGCAGUUCCGGCGGCGAGGCAGCGCUCCUAGGAAUGAGAGGCUCCGUCUUAGGCGUGGGCACAGACGUCGGCGGUUCGAUACGCGUCCCAGCUAUGUGCGAGGGUCUUUAUGGUGCAAAACCCAGCGACGGACGUGUCCCUUACGCCGGCCAAGAAGGCGGGAGCAAACCAGCGGUCGCGAAGUUGGGCGUAAGUGCGAGCGCCGGGCCGAUGGCACAUUCGAUGCGCGACAUUGAGCUGUUCUUCAAAGUCGUAUCAGACCAGAAGCCGUGGGAACUAGAUCCCGAUGUAAUACCUGGUCCUUGGAACUCACUUUCCUCUCUAGCUGGGAGAAAGCUACGCGUUGGCGUCGUAAGACGAGAUGGCGUCGUGGAGCCACUUCCGCCGAUUAUGAGGCUCAUAGAAGAGGUCGCGCUCAAAAUGCGAAAAUCGGGCAUUGAAGUCGUGGAGCUCGACAUCACACCUAUCUUCUCGAAGUGCCAGUCGCUUAUUAACGCUCUCAUGGGCGUCGAGGGAGGAAAUUCUAUGUUCGACCUGCUCGAAUCAUUUGACGAGCCGCUCUCGCCAUGGAUACAGCCACGCAUGCGUCGCAAGGAGCCUGUGGCCUUCGAAAAGCUCCGAGAGCUCCAUGCACAGAGGUUGAAACUGCAGACAGAGGCCCUCCAGAUCUGGAAACGAGUCGAUGCUUUCAUCUGUCCCGUUGCGCCUCAUCCCGUGCCAGAGAUCGACAAGUACAAUGCUGCGAGCUACACCAGUUCUUUCGUGCUGUUGGAUUAUCCCGCGGGCACAGUUCCAGUUCGUUUGUUCGAAAAGAAGGAUGAACAAGGUGAUAUGACGAAGUUCCCAGUGCUUGGAAGCUGGGAUAAGCGAAAUCGAGAAUUAUGGUCGCGAGUAGAUCGGUCAGUGUACAUCGGUACGCCCUUGUGUGUACAAGUCGUAGCGCCCAAAUUGGAAGAGAGAAGACUAUGCGAGGCCAUGGUGGCGAUCGACAGUGCAUUGAAGGCGGGCGAAAUGGAAUCAUACAUAGCUAAGUUAUAA